AUGGAAAGCAUCUGCGAAGAGAUUACAAACGCUCAGACACUGUACGCGAUGUAUUUCGUGCCAUUGAACCUGCUAUCAAUCAGUGCAGCAACGAAGAUGGCGAUGCAGUUUCUGUCAGACGAAGUUCUCGGGCCGAAAGUGUACACAGAUGAAACGCUUGAGUUUAUUGUCAGGUUCUUGGAGGGAUAUUGCAAUCGAAUACUUUUGCCAGAAUUGGAAAAGGCGCUGAAAGAAGAAUUAGCAAUUGAGGAAAAGAAGCCAGGGCGAAAACGAAAGUCGAGACAGAGCACGAAUGAUUUACGUCAAGAUUGCUUUCGUCAUGCAUCUAUAAUGAGUGAAGCUAUACAGUUAUUGAACAAGAUUGUCAGUAUUCCCAACGUCAAGUUUCAAGAUUCGGAAUUGCUGCGAGUGUCCAACUUGUGCCUAAGCCUCUUCUUUGCAGAGGGUGCCGAGUAUUUAUAUUACAGCCAACAAGCUUGCAUCCCGUUGAUGCAAAACAUUUUUGCAUAUUAUGAUGGCCACAGAGAAAAUAUAAUUCACGAAUUCCUGGUAAGAUAUCUCAUGCAAAAGUUGAUUGUGAAAAAAACUGACAAAGUGGAGGCUAGUGGUUACAAAUCCUUCUAUCAAACUGUAGUAAUGGAUGUUACAGUCGUUCUAGGGACACCAGAAUGGCCGAUUGCCUCCCUGGUCUUGAAGGCAUUUUGGAAAUAUUCCUACGAGAUGUGUAUCAAAGAUUUCCCUUUUGCUGUUAAGACGAUGGCUGCAGAUUUGUUAGGCAGCAUUGUCAUUCGUAUCAAAGACCUAGCCAUGCAUGCCAACAGACCGGAUAUCAUGCAAGAAGGAGGGCAUAUGACCAUUCCUGAUUACAAUGAUACGUUCAAAUCCCUCGUUGGGCAACAGAAAGAGUAUCUUCAGAGAUGCAGUUGGAUGAAAAAUUUGGCGAGCUCUACAGAAAGUCCUCUUUUGCAAGACUCUGAUGCCCCGGAGGAUCUUUUGCACAAGCUUUUUGCUCAACAGUUACUUCUAAAUUUCCUUGCAAACAAGCUCACUGAGGAUUCCUCCUACCACUACGUGAUAAGGACAUGGCUUUACAUGUGGUGUGAACAGACUGAAUCGAACUCGGUUCAUGCUUAUUAUGAUCUAGUAUCGGAAGAUCGCAAUUACAGAAUACGACCUGAUAUGCCCUCGCCUAAUUCGAAUGAAAGUUGGGAAUUUUCCAAAUACCUGGCAGCAACUUUCGACGUUCAAGACAUCCUAAAACCCUUAUUGAUACUGUUGAAGCAUCCCAAAAUGCCUCAAUUCCGUCAAAAAGCUUUAAAAGCCCUUUCUCAGGUGGUUGAAAUGGACCCUAAUACUCUGUCAAAUGAGAGAGUAAGAGAUGUUGUUUGUGGAAGUAUGAAAGACGCGUCGAAGGCAGUGAGAGCUGAGGCAGUCCUCCUUGUGGGAAAGUUUAUGUGCCAGGAAACGAAUCUAACCCUACAGUACCACGAGAGUAUUUGUGAAAGAUGCAGAGAUACAGGCUCAAGUGUCAGAAAAGCUGCUAUGAAUAUCCUGCGAGAUUUGCUGGCAAAGGAGGGCCAAGACAAGAAUGUUGUUGAUAGUGCGUGUGUUGCUAUCAUUCCCCUUUUGAAGGACGAAAGUGACGAUAUCAAGAAGAGGACCUUCCAAUUCUUGAAGGAGAUGUGGUUUCCCGCAAGAAGACCAGGAGUUCCAGAUGGGUCUGUGCUAAGCAUUGUUUCUCGCUUCGAGCAGAUCAAGAGUGUGGUGAACGCUGCCCAUCGAAGUACAACAACAAUAGGACGAGAAUCGAUAUCUGUUAUCGACAUCUUACACGAUUUUUUUCGAGACACCACCAAUGAAGGUGAAAAUUUUGUGAAAGAAAGUCUAGAAUACUGUCAGCGGGCGCUUCAAGAAAUUAUCCAAUUCAACGAGGAGUCAAACAACACACCAGAUAAGCUGUUGUCUGUUUUUCGAACAUUAGCUAUGUUUGCAAAGGCCCGACCACCUCUGAUUGCCAAGGACAUGGAGUUGCUUCAUCAGCACUUGUCCUCCAAGGGGGAGCAGAAAGAUGGCAGUCCUUGGAGCAAGGAGCAGUGUGAGCUCAUCGGAACUGUUGCAGCGAUCUAUGAUUGCGUACUUCCAUUUCUGAACGAUCCUCCGGAACAUCUCAUCAAGUAUCUAUCCCAGGAUCUUCCACGUCUCAUUCAGUUUGCUCCCAGCAUGCCACUGCUGACGAUUUCAAUUCAGUGUCUGUGCACGCUUGUGAAGAGUGUGGGCAGCAUACGAAAACACUCUGAUCAAAUGCACGCACUGCUCACAGCUUGUUUCAACCGCGAGGUUAAACGUCUCAAUGAUGAAAAAUUUGCUGCGAAACCACGAUCCUUGUUGAUUGCUGGAAUUUUCUGCAAGUUUUCAAACUUCGAGAUCACGUUGCAAGGAAAGAAGAGAAAAGCCAUCGAGGACAAGAAUGUCAUGGAAAUCUAUGACACGUGCAUUAAGCACUUUGUCAAGCACAAGCUUUUGCCGUUCAAACGUGCCGGCUUUUCAUGUCUUGGCAGCAUUUUUGUGAGGCAACCGAAUUUGAUCCUCAAGGACCCUGCAAAGCGCGCAUUGGCCUCUGCUUUUGAUGCGACCAGCACUGAAGAGGUGCAACUUGUCGCCAUUUCUGCUCUCGCAGAAUUCAUAGAAGAAGACGUCUCUGAUCAAGAAUCGACUUGCUUACGUAACACAGUAAUGCAGCAGUACCUGGAACGGAUCCUAGCGUGUUUGUAUAGCAAAAAGGAGGAGACUGCUUCUGCAGCUCUCAAAUUGGUUUCUACCAUUCACGAUCGCGGCCAAGUGCAUCCUCAGUUGUGCAUUCCUGACAUGAUCUCAGUGCAGCAAAGAAGCCCUCUUUGUGCAAGCGUCGGUUAUCAGGUGUUGAGGAACAUUUCUGAGAAGUACCCAGACUACUACAGUCCUGAAGUAUUCAUCCAAGGAGUGAUGAAGGGAUUCAGCUUGAAGAAGGACUCGGACCUGAUUGCCGUAGAGAACUUCUCCAGAUGUCUUGAACUUCGGCUUCCCAACAAGAAGUUCCUUCAACGGCUUGUCAAGCAUGCCAUUGACAAGCUGAAGCACAAGAUUGAAUCUCACGAGCGGCAGACGAUCGCAUCAGAGGUCGAAAACCUCAAGUACCUCGUCAGCAUUAUGGCCUCUCUGCCCUACCCCGACCAGGAGAUAGUCCAGUCGCUCGUCGGGCAGGCGAACGACGCAGGGAUCAUGAUCGGAACCGCCUCCAUCGCCAUGCUCAAGGAUGACACUGAGAUCCCAGUCAGUUCUCCUCAGGCUCUCGAAUUCAUGGAGGAAGCUUCUCGCGCUUACCUGCUCGUGGAGUAG